AUGAGUUUAAAAGAGGAUAAAACGGGGUUGCUAAAUUCAGUUAACCAAAUUAAGAAAAUUAUUCAAAAGGAAAUCAAUUCUGGUAUCUCACCGCAAAAAAUUAUGGUGGUCGGUCAUUCGCAAGGAGCCUCCGUGGCUUUGGCAGUUGGUUUGACUUCCGAUUAUCAUUUAGCCGGAAUUAUUGGUUUAAGUGCUUUUUUACCUUGUCGCAAUGAAAUAUUUAACUAUGCCAAACUAGAAAACAAAAUUAUUCCUUUUUUUCUUUAUCACAAUUAUUAUGACGACAUAAUUCCUGCUUAUAUUGGCGACCAAUCGGCUACACUGCUGAAAGAAAAAGGUUAUCAAGCGGAAUUCGAUAAUUUAUAUAAUGGUAGCCAUUUUUUCAAACCAGAGGAGUUGCAAGAAAUAUUGACCAAAAAAUUAAAG